AUGGCGGCGUCCGUGGCUGCAGGAGCAGCGCGGCGCUUUUCCCGCUGUGCCUCUUUGAGGAGGACCCGACUCUCCUGGGAAGCUCCAAGGGCAAACCUCAGCUGGCAGAGGCAAGCUCUCUCCGCUCGAGGAGGAGGAGGAGGAAGCGAGGUGUUAGAAAAGCUGAGGCUAUUUAGAAGAACACUUGCUUUCUCAGCAUUGUCCUGCUUGGGGUAUGAAGCAUACGUGUUAAUCUCUCAGUCCUCUGUGGUUCAUGCUGAUGCCAAAGUUGAUGAAGUCCUGGAUCAAGCAGACUAUUUGUAUGAGAGUGGGGAAACCGAAAAGCUUUUUCAGUUGCUGGAGCAACACAAAAACAGUGAGAAUGCAGAGGUGCUGUGGCGUCUGGCACGAGCAUCACGGGAUCUUGCUCAGCUUAGUCAUACUCCUGUGGAGAGGAAGAAGCAGUUGACCUAUGAAGCCCUUGAUUAUGCAGAGAAAGCACUUAAGAAAGACCCGUCAUGUUUUAGUGUGCACAAGUGGUAUGGAAUUUGUGUGAGUGACGUGGGAGAAUACGAAGGAAUCAAGAAAAAAAUUGCCAAUGCUUUUGUUAUUAAGGAGCACUUCCAGAAAGCAAUUGAACUAAAUCCGAAAGAUGCAACAUCACUUCACCUUAUGGGUAUUUGGUGUUACACAUUUGCUGAAAUGCCGUGGUAUCAGAGCAAAAUAGCUGCAAUUUUGUUCUCAACACCACCCAGCUCCAGCUAUCAAGAGGCUUUGAAUUACUUUCAGAAGGCUGAAGAUGUUGAGCCAAAUUUCUAUAGUAAAAACUUGCUGUUCUUGGGAAAGACAUAUAUGAAGUUAAACAACAGAAAGAUGGCUCUUCUGUGGUUAACAAAGGCCAAAGAACGGGUGGCACACACAGAGGAGGAUAAGCAGGAAAACACAGUACCAUUGAUAGAGAUUAUAGAUACAUGGGCAUUAGCAUAGUAAUUGUAAAAGGUA